AUGCACUCGUCGCACACCUCGGACGCCUCCCGCUCAGCCUCAACCUCUCGUCACCAACAGUCCCGCAGCCAACCCUCCCUCCCCGACGCCCCAGCAGCCCGCCCUCAUCGCACUCCCCUCUCCUCACAUGCCCCCAGCAUCGUCACCCUGCCCAGCCAGCACAGCGUCGCACCAUCCCAACACAACGGCGCUUACCCCGCCACAAACGGCCGCACAGCCUCAUCCGCAUCCGCGUCGGCAGCAGCGGCACCACUUCCACAUCACUUCGCGCCCACCGCCGACGGCGGCGACGACGAGGAAGAAGAUGACGACGAAGAAGAAGACGACGACGACGACGACGAGGAUGACCUCUCCACCACCAGCGGCCGCCGGCAUGGCGCCCUCCUCCAGCCAGAGAUGGACGACUGGGUGCUGCUCGAGGCGAGCUACAUGAGCCACUGGGGUCACAAGCGGCACAUCACCGCCGGAAACCCAAAGCCCCGCGACGAGAGGGACCUCCCAGACUGGCGCAUGCGCGAGCGCCUCAGGACCGUCACCGCCGCCCUCGUCAUGUGCCUCAACAUCGGCGUAGACCCGCCAGACGUCUCCAAGACCAACCCUUGCUCCAAGCUCAUCUGCUGGAUGGACCCCAGCUCGCUCGAGGUCUCCAAGGCCCUCACCGCCAUCGGGCGCAAUCUCCAGGCCCAGUUCGAGACCCUCAGCACAAAGACCCGCUACAAGCAGUGCCUCGACCCCAUCGUCGAGGACACCAAGCGCUUCUGCACCCAGCUACGGCGCACCGCAAAAGACGAGCGCAUCCUCUUCUACUACAACGGCUUCGGCGUGCCCAAGCCCACGCCCGGCGGCGAGAUCUGGGUCUUCAACCGGGCCUAUACCCAGUACAUCCCCGUCACCCUCUACGACCUCCAGACCUGGCUGGGCAGCCCCUGCAUCUUUGUCUGGGACGCCAGCGCCGCCGGCAACGUCGUCGUCAACUUCAAGAGGCUCGCCGAGCGCAGGGCAGAGGAAGAGGGCUCUCGCACCGGCAGGGACGGCGGCGCAGGCGGCGGCAGCGCGAGGGAAAGGUCGAGCGGCGCCGAGGCCUCGGGAUCCAGCUCAGCCGCCGGCGCUGCGGGCACGGGUACAGGCUCAAAGCCCGAGGAGCCGCACUUUCCCCUGCGCGAGAGCAUCCACCUUGCCGCCUGCGGCCCCGACGAGACGCUGCCCAUGAACCCGGACCUGCCUGCCGAUCUCUUCACCUGCUGCCUCACCUCGCCCAUCGAGAUCUCGCUGCGCUGGUUUGUGCUGCAGAACCCGCUGCCCUCGAAGCUCAACCUCGACAUGGUGAUGAACAUACCCGGUCGACUCCAGGACCGCCGCACGCCGCUGGGCGAGCUCAACUGGAUCUUCACCGCCAUCACCGACACCAUCGCCUGGACCGUGCUGCCGCGGACCAUCUUCCGCCGCCUCUUCCGCGACGACCUCAUGGUGGCCGCGCUCCUCCGCAACUUCCUCCUCGCCGACCGGAUCAUGCGCUUCUAUCACUGCACGCCGAUGAGCCAUCCCAAGCUGCCGGCCACGCACAACCAUCCGCUGUGGGACAGCUGGGACCUUGCCGUCGACCAGUGCCUCGCGCAGCUGCCGACACUGCUGGCCAAGGAGCGCGCGGUCGCCGAGGCGGCCGAGGGCGGUCCACCGGUCCCGCCGCACCUUGCCUCUUUCGAGUACCGCCACAGCACCUUUUUCAGCGAGCAGCUCAAGGCGUUCGAGGUGUGGCUGCAGCAGGGCGGUGUCAGCCGCAAAGGUCGGAGGCGCAGGGUCAACGCUUCGGUCACGCCGCACGGCAACCCUGCCGCCGGCUUCUCGUCGGCGGCCUCGAUGGGCGCAGACCCAGCGGCGUUCGAUGAGGAUGGAGAGGUCUGGCCGGUGCGCGACCCGCCAGAUCAGCUGCCGAUCGUACUCCAGGUGCUGCUAUCUCAGGUGCACCGCCUGCGGGCGCUGAUCCUGCUCAGCCAGUUUCUCGACCUCGGUCCCUGGGCCGUCAACCUCGCUCUCAGCAUUGGCAUCUUUCCCUACGUUCUCAAGCUGCUGCAGAGCCCCGCCGCCGACCUACGCCCCGUGCUCAUCUACAUCUGGGCACGCAUCCUCGCCGUCGACCGGAGCUGCCAGAAUGACCUGCUGCGAGACAACGGCUUCUUCUACUUCACCAGCGUGCUGAGCCCCUUCCAGAACGGCGGGGCCGGCGGUGCUGGCGGCGGCAGCGGCCCGACGGGCGGCGCAGCGGCAUCCAGCGGCCAGGCUCUGCCGAUCCCCAACGUCUCCGAGCACCGUGCCAUGUGCGCGUUCAUCCUCUCGGUCUUCUGCCAGGACUUUCCUUCGGGCCAGGCGGCGUGCCUCGAGACUGAUGCCAUGCACUCGUGCCUCGAGCAUCUCGAGGACGACGACUUCCUGCUGCGCCAAUGGAGCGCCCUUUGCCUGGCGCAGCUUUGGGACGACAGUGACAUCGGCAAGGCAAAGGGCAUCGCCCUCGACGCCCAUGGAAAGCUCUGCUGCCUGCUGGGCGAUGCCUCACCCGAAGUGAGGUCGGCGGUCGUCUACGCCCUCGGCGUCCUGCUCGGAGCCAGCGCCUCGAGUCAGAACCAGGUGGACACGAUCUCGGCGACUACGGGCGAGACCAUCAACGUCGGCAGCGGCAGUGGCGGCAAGGGAGGCGCCUACCUCCCGCGGCGAGUCUGCCCAGGCACCGGCGCGGCAACCGGCCUGCCUGGAAGCAAGCAGCGCGGCCUCGAGAUUGGCAUCGCCAUCGCCAUGCUUACCACCAAGGGUGACUGCAGCCCGCUCGUCCGCAAGGAGCUGGUGAUCGCUCUCAGCCCGGUUGUGUUCGAGUACAAGGGCUUCUUCGUACUCGCGGCCUACCUGUACUACUCGCGCGAGGAGGCCAAGCAAAAGGCUAAGCGAGAAGCCGGUGCAGGUGCCGGCGGCCCGCAGCCUCCAAGCCCGGUCAAGGACCGCUUCGCCCCGCUCCACGUGCAUGCCCGCUCUCGCCGCAACAGCGCAUCGAGAACCCCGGGCGCCGACGACGAGGCAGACCGCCUCGAGGCCGAGGAGGCUCUUCUGGCAAGGGUGGCCAGCAAGCUCGUCAUCGAAGAGGAGCUGGACGAGGAGGACAUCGCCAACAUUCCGGCGUUCAUGACCAUCUUUGUCGCGCUGCUCGACCUCAGCGUCGACUGCCACCCGGAGGUCGCCAACCUGGCCUGCACCGUGAUCGACUUUGUCGUGGCUAUGUUGCUCGAGAGUGAGGUGGCGACCGCCGCCGAGAGCAUUAUGCGUCGAUUCGGCGGCCUUGACGCCACAAACCGAUACGUGACGCCGACCAACACGAACGUCAGCAGCGAAGGCUACUUCCCACUGACGCCCCGCGCGGGCGUCGCCGUCUCCACGCCCGGCUCGAUCGAGGAGGCGCCGCUGAGCGCUGGGAUGGCCAACGGCCACUAUGGAAGCGCGACGAGCCCCUACGGCGCCAACUCUCAGCCCCACUCUCGCCAGCAGCACGGCUCACACCCCAGCCGCAACGGCGCCUCGGGACCGCCCAAGCGCUCCACGUCCGCCUUUACCCAGGCUGUCAAGACGAUUGCCACGCUGGGCUACUCGCGGCCCUCUUCGCCGGUCAAUGCCGAGCACGAUGGCGCUCCUCGACACCCGCACCACCCGCAUGGAGAUAUCAGCCCGACCGGCAACCCGCCGCCCGGUCCGGCAGUGCUGGCGCCGCGCCGCAACGCUGGAUCUCUGGCGCUGCCCUCGCAGUACACCUCGCCCUACGGACCGAGAUACGCAGGCCCGAACACGCCCGGCUCAGAAAACAGCCCGUCGGCCAUCUCGAUGCCUCCCUCCCCGACGUCGACCACCGCCAAGCUGGCACACCGUUCGGCCAGUGCAGAGAGCCUGGCGCACAUCGCCACGCGGCAAGAGAGGCGCAAGUCUGCCGGCACCACCAACAGCUUUGGUCUUGGAGGCGCCAGCAGCGCCGCAGGUGGCGAUGGAGACUCGCUCAACGGCAGCAUGAACGGCUCACGAGGCGGCACCGGCACGGGUACGGCCAACACCAGCGCGGGCGGCCUGGAGCACGUCAAGGUAGCGGACGCGCUGGCAGCACUGAUUGCGCUCGAUCUGCAGAGGUUCCAGAGCCGCUUCCUGCAGCAGCUGGACGGCAACAACGGCCUCAUGUCGGCCGGCAGCACGCCCAUGCCUUCGCCAUCGGCCAGCCGCGGUGGGAGGUGGACCGCCCCCUCCACGCCCGGUAGCAGUGGCCUGACGACGCCAGCGAGCGGCUUCGCCCCCAACGUGGAUCUGCGCGAGACCCUUCCGCUCAAGAGUCGGCUGUUCGCGUGGUGCAGCGAGUACUAUACGGAGCCGCAGAUGAAGGCGGCCGAGAGCGAGGAGCCGGGCAGCGUCAAGUACAACGUGCAGUCUUGGAAGCGCCAGCGCAACGAACGCCUCGUUGCGGAUACGCAGGCGCAGGCCGAGGAUGCUUCCAAAUCGGCUUGGACCGAUCAUGCAGGCUUCCUGAGGAAUGGAUCCGUGCCAUACCUGAUGCUGUUCCAUCAGUUCGAGGAUCACCUGGUGACGGCGAGCGACCAGAACACGAUCAACGUUUGGGACUGGGAAGAGAAGCGCCUGCUGAGCAGGUUUGCCAACGGCAACCCGGCUCGCACCAACAUUACAUCGGCCCUCUUUGUCAACGAGGAGGCGGAUGCCAUGCUGCUCGUCGGAAGCGCCGAGGGAGACGUGCGCAUCUACCGCCACUACGACUCGCCGGCCUUCACGCCGGGCUACCGCGGCCCCGAGCUGGCAAGCAGCUUCCGUGCGCUGCCGGACCUCGUCAGGAGCAAGCGGCCGAGCGGCUUGAUCGUCGACUGGCUCCAAGUGUCGGGUCACCUUCUGGCCGGAGGCGACAGUCGUGUCAUCCGAGUCUGGGAUGCGCACCGCGAGCUGUGCGUCUGCGACAUCCCGACGCGCGCCUCGAGCUGCGUGACGUCGCUGUCGUCCGAGACCGACAUUGGCCACAUGUUUGUCGCCGGCUUCGGCGACGGCACGGUGGGCGUCUACGACCGGCGCAACCCGCCCGAGGCGAGCCUGGUGAGGCUGUGGGAGGAGCACCAGACGUGGGUGCAGAACGUGCACCUGCAGAAGCGCGGCAACCGCGAGCUGGUGACGGCCAGCGUCGACGGCGAGGUGCGGCUGUGGGACAUCCGCGGGCGCAGCUCCAUCAGCCAGCUGAGCAUGGGGCGGAGGCUGGGCGGCAAGCUGUCGUGCAUGUCGGUGCACGAGCGGAUGCCCAUCUUUGCGGCCGCCUCGUCGCCGCGGCCGCUGCGCCCGGCCGUGUCGCCGCAAAACGUCAUCCUGACCCACCUCGAGUCGAUGGAGACGCUUGGCAAGCCCAUCGUGCGCACCUUUGCGCCCACCGGAUCGACGUCGCACCUCGGCUCGUCGUCGCUGCACGCCGGCUCGUCGGGCCACGGCCAUGGUCACGGCAGCCACCAUCAUCACCACCACCACCAUCAUCACCACGCCAGCCACCACGGCGCCUCGUCGCACCACGGCGCGGGCCACGCGGCAGGAGGGUACGGGUCCUUGCACGGCGGCGCGGGUGCGAGCAACAACCUGCUUCUGCCGCCGGCGAGCGAGACGGAUCCGUCGCAGUUCACGCCGGCGACGGGCGCCAUAGCCUUCCACCCACACCUGCCCAUGGUGGCUUUCGGCGGGCCGGACAACCUGAUCGAGAUGCGACGGUGGUCGCCCUAG